AUGUCUACAGAAAUCCUUGCAAUCGCUAAUAACUUUUCCAUAUCCACUGGUCAUAUUACAUUUACAUUGAGUAUUAUUGGCAAUUUCUUAAAUAUCUUUGUAUUCACUCAACUGAAAUGUUUUCGAAACAAUCAAUGUGCAUUCUAUUUAACGGUUGAAUCGCUUUUCAGUUUUCUCUAUGGAUUGAUUGUUUUUACCAUCACUAUUCUAACAUCAAUAUAUGGAGAUGAUGCAACAGGUCGUUCUCUUAUCUGGUGUAGAUUUCGUUUUUUUUCCGCUCAGCUACUAGUACUAUCAUCAUCUUAUACAGUAGCUUUUGCUGCUAUUGACCAAUUUUUUUCAACACACAAUCGAUUCAGUUUCAGACAAGUAUUUACCAUAAAAACAGCUCGGUGUCUUGUUGGUACAUCUGUUUGCAUUUGGAUCAUUCAUUCUAUUAUAUUUUGCUUGUUUUACAACAUUCAAUCAUUAUUACUAUGCAAUAUAUCGAAUCCUACAUAUCUUCAAUAUACAACAUACUUUAGUUUUCCACUUUUAGCCGGUCUUAUACCUGUUUUUAUUGCAUCGUUUUUUGGAUUUUUAGCUUUUCGUAAUGUUCGGCGUAUAGUUCGUCGACAACUAACAAUUGUUCGACGUCGAUUAGAUCGACAAAUGACAGCAAUGGCUGCUAUACGUGUCAUAAUUCUUGUUUGUUUAUCAUUGCCUUAUCUUAGUUAUCGUAUCUAUACUACAAAUGUUCCCAAUUUGCCAAGUAAACCAAUGGAAUAUGCAAGAGGACGAUUAAUUUAUGUUAUUCUCUUUUUUUUAUUUAACUUAAAUUAUACGAUUAGCUUUUACAUUUACGUAAUAUUUUCAUCACGUUUUCGUCGUCAAGUAAAAUCAAUUUUGUUAAAAAAAUAUUGGCAAUUAUGGAAAUGUUGUUGUUGUGCUAUUAAAAAUAAUCGAAUUGGUCCAGAAAAUCCAGAAUCAUUCAAUACAAACAUGGAUCCUAAUGAAAAUGACUAA